UCCCUCCGCAGAGGAGCACAUGGUGUCACUGGUGUGUAACACCAGCUGUGUUCUGACUGAAAGUCCUGCAGUUUACGUCUGGUACAGGAACGGAGAGACCGUCUAUGAGGACUGGUCACCCUGGUACCAAGAGCUGGUCAGCAGCGAGAAAGCUGUCACAUACUCGUGUGCUGUCAAAGGCUACGAGCAUCUCAGAGCCCCUGAGGUCUCAGUGGAUUCUGUCACAUCGGCUUGCUUUACUGUGACCUACACUACAGGGAUGAUGUGUUCUCAUUGGGAGAAUGAGUCCUGCUCCAUCACAUAUCCAAAGAAAGUACGUGUUCAAGCUGAACCGGCAGAGAACGGCCAUUACAAGCUGACCUGUAACACCAGCUGUUCUCUGAUGGACCAACAAACUGCCUUCAGCUGGUACGAGAAUGGAGUGUUUGUACAAAAGAUCUCGCUAGUUCCCUCCACCUCUACUAAAAUAUUCUACUGUGCUGUAAAGAGCAAUGAGUUUCUGCUCUCUGAUGAAUUCUGUUUCGAUGAAAACCACUGUGGGAGAGGUCAUUAUGCCAGCAGGAGGAUCUGUGCUCUGAAGGGUUCUUCAGUUACUAUUUCAAGUGAAUAUUUGAGUCCUGGUGAGCAGAAGACUGGAUAUUGGCUUAGGAGCGAUAUACGCAACCUGACGAUUUCACAUCGUAUAAAGCCUCACAGCAACAAGACCCACCACAACCUGAAAAUCAAUACGUUGAAAAAUAAUGACUCGGCAAAAUACGUCUUCAUAGCAGAUGACAAGCGAAGGAACUGGGUGAAUCCACCUGGAGUGACUUUGUUUGUAACAGACGUGAGUGUGCAGUUUGCUCCCUCUGCAAUGGUGACUGAGGGGCAGAGAGUCACAGUUACCUGCAGAACCAGCUGUCCUCUGGCUAAUGACACCAACUACAUUUGGUAUUUCAACAAUCAAACACUGGACGGGACUAAAAGACACAGCAAACGCCUGGUUUUAGACCCAGUCAGCAGUCAGCAUGCGGGAAACUACACCUGUGCAGUGGAAACACAAAGACACAGGUCAGAUGAAGGAGUUCUCACAGUCCACAGAAAAAUGUGGAUACCGGCUGUCAUCGGAGUCGUUGUUGUUCUCCUGGUUUUGAUUAUACCCACUGUCGUCUUCAUGUGGAGAAAAAAGAAGACUUGCAGAAAGUCUCCUGGAGCUAAAACCUCUGACAACAUGGAACAGAUAAGCCUUGGCCAUGAGUAUGACGACAUCUUGGCUCCACCACCAGAGCAGGUCGAGUUCCUCUACAGCACAGUUAUGUUUCCAAACUCCACAGACGCCCUCUACUCCACUGUCAAACCACAUUAGCCCCAAGCAUAUAGGCUAACAUGUCACCUAUGCCAAUGUCAACUUGUGACCCAACUAAACACCUGCCUUUGUAAGUAGUGUUUGUUUGUGUGUGUGUGUAUAUGUAUGUGUGUAUAUAUGUUCCCAUAUUUGUACAUAUAGUGUAGGAACUUACUUCAGUUCUGAGCUUGUGAACAGCAGUUAAGUGUGAAUGAGUGAGCUGGCCGGUGUCACACAUGAACACAAUGACACCUAAAGUAAGCCGAUAGACACACAUGGCCUCUUUUGGGAAGUGAAAGCGCAGUGUUUUGGUUUGCAUGAGUUGUUUGUUCUCACCACAUUGCUAUUUUCACUGUGAAACUUACAAGAUGUGAUGUAAAGUUCUCUUUGUUUUCUUACACUUCAGCUGCAACUUUUUUUUCAAAUGAAUAUAGUUCCUCUUUGCCAGAGGACAUUAUUUUUUGGCAAAUUUUACCAAAUAUAAAUUACUCUCACUUCCUUAAAUUAGCCUAAAAUGGCUAAGCUACGCAAUAACUUACUAAUUUAUUCCAAUGCUAGUGGUCCACGAUGAAAUCUUGACAUAAAGAAAUGCAUUAGUUCAUGUUAAGCUAAAUGUGGUAUCAAAAAUAGUAUUUGGUUUUCAAUUGGA